AUGACCGCUCUACCAGAGCCAUUUGCUUCUAUUCCAAGGAAAGCUCUCCUCCUUGAGCCUUCUCCAAUCCAUCUACUUCCCAACAUGACCGCGGAUUUAGGCGGGGCUGUGAAGAUAUACGCCAAACGCGAUGAUCUCAACUCCGGUCUCGCCUACGGCGGCAAUAAGACCAGGAAACUCGAGUACCUGGUCGCCGACGCGUUGGCGACAAAGUGCGACACGCUGAUUAGCAUUGGCGGGAUUCAAAGCAACCAUACGCGUCAAGUAGCCGCUGCCGCAGCCCAUGCGGGACUCAAAGCAAAACUUGUCCAGGAAAAGUGGGUAGAGUGGUCCGACCCGGGUUACGAGUCCGUAGGAAAUAUCCAACUCUCCCGACUGAUGGGGGCUGAUGUCCGCAUUGAGCGGAUGGCUGGAUUUGGAAUCGAGCAUAAAGACUCGCUGAAAAAUCUCCUGAAGGAAUGUGAGGACAAGGGCGAGAAACCAUAUUAUAUCCCCGCCGGCGCGUCAGAUCACCCGCUUGGUGGACUGGGCUUUGCACGCUGGGCGUUCGAGGUCCGGGAGCAGGAGCAGCAGAUGGGCAUCACGUUUGAUAAUAUCGUUGUUUGUGCGGUGACGGGUUCAACGAUGGCAGGAAUGGUCGCUGGGUUCAAGCUUAUUGAAAAACUAUACCCGGAUGAGCCCAAGAAGAAAGUUAUUGGCAUAGAUGCAUCCGCCACGCCUGCGGAGACUCGCGCACAGGUCCUUCGGAUCGCAAAGAAUACGGGAGAGAAAAUCGGCCUUGAGCCUGAAGAUAUCACCGCAUCAGAUAUUAUGAUUGACGAACGAUAUCAUGCCGGAACCUAUGGAGUUCCCGAUAAACAGACAUGGGACGCGAUCGAGUAUGGAGCUCGGAUGGAAGCGUUUAUCACCGAUCCCGUAUACGAAGGGAAAAGUCUGGCAGGCCUGAUUGACAUGGUUCGAAAAGGGGAGAUCUCCGGAGGGAACGUCUUGUAUGCGCAUUUGGGAGGGCAGCUUGCUCUCAAUGCAUAUUCGCAAAUCGGGACUGUGGCAUAA